GGAAAGAUUCAUUCACUUCGCCUGCUGAUGACCUCUUUCACAAUGGAAAACUUCUCCCACUUCAGCUGACACACAUUCAAUAUCCCCAAAAUCCCUCCACCAUCUCAAAUUCCAAUUUUGAUGACUCCUUUCAUCUCAUUUCCACCACCAGCACUCCCUUCGAGUCCUGCAACAUCUCCCCUUCCACUUCGUGCUGCGUCAGCCAAGAGCUCAACCUUGAACACGGCUUCUUCCAUCAAUCCCAAACCAGCCAUUCAUGGUCGAAAAAGUUGAAACUGAUAAGUCAGUCUUUGUUAGGUCUUAAGCUCAGGCGAUCAAAGGCUUAUCUCAAGUCUCUGUUCACCAAACCAACCUGCUCUGAUGAUUCAUGCGCAGUCAUCAAAGCCAAUGAUUGCUCCAUUGCUCACAAGAAGCUGACAAGGAAAGCUCCAUUUGGACAUUUUCCCAGCAGGGCAAAUAGAGCCAUGAGAAUCUUUGAUGCUGAGAAGAUGAAAGGUGAGGGAGGAUGUGGGCAUAAGCGGUCAUUUUCCCAUGCUGUAACUGAACAGAAAUUGCAAAACACAUCCUCUUCUACUUCUUCUUCCUCAUCUUCAAGUUCUUCAUCCUUCUCAAGUUUUAAGUCGAACAGUCUCAGCAUUAGCAUUGUGAAUUCCGAGGUGGAGAAAUCGAUUCAUGGAGCCAUAGCUUAUUGCAAGAAAUCUCAGCAGAAUGGUUGUGGAAGAAAGAAUGUUGGUGAUGUUGACUUCUGGUUGUAUUCUGCUUCAGAAAUUGCUGAGGAGUGUGAGAAGCAAGAGAGUCCAGAAAUUGGCUGA